GUACUUUAGUAGUUUUGUACAGGCCACUGGUUAGGAAUACAUUUUCUUCCGCCGAGCGAGAACAAUAGAUUUUCUGUUUGGUGAUAUAACCAAAAAGCUGGUUUCUGUUGAUUGACUGACUACUCUGCCAAUCUCUGACAGGUACAUACCGAAUAAUCCAGACGGUCUCUUCAGGAUUCUUUCGCCUUCGUUCCAGAAAUGCAAAUCCUGAUGGCAAGCUCUUUGCUCCACUCAAGAAACUACACCAUUUUGGCUGGCAUAAUCAUUAGCCCAACACCAACCCUCAUGCUGAAUUGCUGAUUCAACCCUUGAAUUGCAAGUCAUCUCCCCAUUUGUUUGAAAAAAAACCAACUUGUCCCUACCCCUACUCUCCACUUCCUGCAAUCCAAAGCAAUACCUCUGGAUUUCCACUUACCCUUCAGUUGAAACCCUCCCACCACCUUAAAUCUAUAGACCAUUUCACCAAACUUUUUUAACCACCGUUUCCCCCAUCUCCAUCUCACCAAAAUCCCUCACACACUCUCCACAUAUAUACAUUCUCCCAACUCCUACAUUCCCUCUUCACUAAACAUCAAACCAUCCAAAGCUAAAACACCAAGAAGAAGAAGGGAAAAAAAAAACCCACAAUGAGGAACCAACUUCCUUCUCCAUUCUUCUUCUUCUUCUCCCUCUCCCUCUUCCUCAAUAUCUCCAUUUCCUCAGCUCAAUCGCCAGCACCCGGUCCAUCCGGUCCAGCCAACAUCACAGCCAUCCUCGAAAAAGCCGGCCAGUUCACAACCCUGAUCAAGCUCAUGAAAACCACCCAAGAAGCAAACCAGAUCAACACACAGCUCAACAGCAGCAGCAGCUCAAGCCAGGGGCUCACCAUCUUCGCGCCGACCGACAACGCGUUCUCCAGCCUCAAACCCGGGACCCUCAACUCCCUCAAUGACCAGGGGAAAGUCCAGUUGGUCCAGUUCCACGUCCUGCCCACCUUCAUCUCCAUGUCCCAGUUCCAGACCGUGAGCAACCCGCUGCGGACUCAGGCCGGGGACAGCGCCAACGGGGAGUUCCCUCUGAAUGUGACGACGUCAGGGAAUCAGGUGAACAUCACCACCGGAGUGGAUACCGCCACGGUGGAUAACUCGAUAUACAGCGACGGCCAGCUCGCGGUUUACCAGGUGAGUCAGGUGUUGCUUCCGUUGGAUUUGUUUGGCUCUGCUGCUGCGCCGGCUCCAGCUCCUGGAGCGGCGGAGAAGGCUGUUUCGGGGAAGGCUCCGACUGCUGGGAGUGGAGAUGAUGCCUCCACGGAUGUUUCGGGGGCUGCUGCGUCGGCGGCGAGGAUGGCUGUUGUUUCUGCUGGCAUUGUGGCUUUCGCUGCUGCUGCUGCUGCCGGUUUGAUGGUAUGAGUGGGUGAUGAUCAGUGUCUGGAAUUGUUGGGGGGAAAAGGAGAGGGGUUUCUUGUUGCAUACGUAAGAUUUCCUCUGUCGUUUUUUGUGUGUAUGAUAAAGUACCCUGAUUAUUGUCCAUGACCAUGUAGUUGCAAAUCGAAUUUUGUUAUUUUUUUUUCUCAUAUCUUGUGAUUUGUUUAGAGAUUCUUCGGCUCGCAUGAAUAAAAUCGGUAGAGAAACUCAUAGAGAAAGUGUUGAGUGUAAUCAAGAACUAGAUCGGAAGCCUGAGGGAAAUUGAAUUAUAAACUUGCAAUCACAAAUAGAUAAUCAAGAUAAAGAAGAGUGGUAUUAUUAAUUUACGACUACAAAUUGAUAAUUAGGUUUACUUUCAUUCAAUGCUAUAAAUUAUGUUGGUAGUGUUAAAGGCCAAUAAAUCACUUUAAUUCGUAAUAAAAGUGGAUUAACAAUCUAUGAUGACCUAGCAUCCCACCAGAAUUACCAACCAAAUCCUCAUUAAAUUGAUCACAAUGUUAAUGUUAUAAAUUAAAGAAGGAACAUAUGCCCCAUCACAGAUUUCGGGCGAUUUAUCAAAAUCUCAUUUUCUUUCGAUUUUGGAGGCUACAGAGAUCACGGAUUCAGUCAGAGGCUAUUCUCCACCGAUAAUAAAGUCUAUUGAUCCUAUUUUGCGCCGAUGAUUAAGUCAAUUAAUCACCGAAUUGGGCCAAUUUAUUUUGGGUUGGCAUUUUCGUAAUUUUUUGGGCAAAUUUUUUCGAAAUGCUAUUUUCCUUGGAUUUUGAAGGCUAAAGAUGGCGGAUUCGGCUUAAGGCUAUUCUUCAACGAUGAUUAAGUCCAUCAAGCAGCGAUUUGGACGGAUUUCUUCCGGGUCCAUUUUUGGCAGAUUCCAAAGGGGUACCAUCACAGAUUUAGGGCGAUUUUUCCGAAAUGUCAUUUUCUUUCGAUUUUGAAGGCUACAGAUCACGGAUUCAGCCCGAGGCUAUUCUCCACCGAUAAUGAAGUCUAUUGAUCCUAUUAUGCGCUAAUGAUUAAGUCAAUUAAGUACCAAAUUGGACCAAUUUAUUUUGGGUUGGCAUUUUCGUAAUUUUUUGGGCAAAAUUUUUCAAAAUGCCAUUCUCCUUGGAUUUUGAAGGCUAAAGAUGGCGGAUUCGGCCUGAGGCUAUUCUUCAACAAUGAUUAAGUCCAUCAUGCACCGAUUUGGGCAGAUUUCUUCCGGGUCCAUUUUUGGUAGAUUCCAAUGUUAUACCAUCACAGAUUUCGGGCAAUUUUUCCGAAAUGCCAUUUUCUUUCGAUUUUGGAGGCUACAGAUCACGGAUUCGGCCGUAGGCUAUUCUCCACCAAUAAUGAAUUCUAUUGAUCCUAUUCUGCGCCGAUGAUUAAGUCAAUUAAGCACCGAAUUGGACCAAUUUAUUUUGGAAUUGAAUUUUCGAAUUUUUUGGGCAAUUGUUUUCCAAAUGCCAUUUUUCUUGGACUUUGAAGGCUAAAGAUGGCGGAUUCGGCCUGAGGCUGUUCUUAAACGAUGGUUAAGUCCAUCAAGCACAGAUUUGGGAGGAUUUCUUUCGAGUCCAUUUUUGGCAGAUUCCAAAGGGGUACCAUCACAGAUUUAGGCCGAUUUUUCCGAAAUGCCAUUUUUCCGAUUUUUUAUGCUACAGAUCACGGGUUCAGCCCGAGGCUAUUCUCCACCGAUAAUUAAGUCUAUUGAUCCUA